AUGAUUAAAGUGGCCACUCUUUUAGCACUGACUGCUGUGGCUCAGGCACAUACAGUUGCCUGGACCAAAGGCAUGUAUUGCUUCGGCGGUCCAGAUCUUUCGACCGACAACGCCAAUACCAACACAGCGGUCGCACCUCUAUACAACCUCGCCCAGGAGGAUUGGUGGUUCCAGCACGACCGCGGCUGCGAUGCUGCACCACCGGCGGACGGCGACAUACUUGAACUUCCUGCUGGCGGCAAGUUCACUGUCGAGCUGGCCCACAACCGGGCCCAAACCACGCUUUCCUACGACGGAAAGUAUAGUUCUGCUUGGCCGGAUGGAAAAGACCACCCAGAAGACUGGGCUGGUCCUGGAAACCCACCUGAAUGUAUUCAGGAUGAUGGGGCAAUGCAUACCAACAAUCAGUCCACGGCUGCCGGUACCGCAUUUGCCAUCAGCUACCAGUCUGACUUGAGCAAGGUCACAAUGGAAAAUCUAGCUGUGUUCACUGUUCUGGAGCACACUCCAUGGAAGCGUGAGGCUACUUAUGAGGUCCCCGCCGAUCUCCCUGCCUGCCCAGAGGGUGGCUGCACCUGCGCAUGGCUCUGGGUAGGUUGA